AUGGCUCCUCACGCUAGCUCGGAUGGCGCCAAUGGCUCUGUGAACGGGUCGGCUCGUCAAGACUCCCCGUUGUUUACCGUCCAGUCGCCCAAUGUCCAGUACACGGCCGACGAGAUCAAGAGUCAGUAUGCCUACCAGACCACCGAGGUCACUCGUACUGCCGACAACAAGCUGGUGGCCACCCCCAAGGCUACCAACUACCACUUCAAGGUGGACCGUAAGGUCGGCAAGGUCGGUAUGAUGCUGGUCGGUUGGGGUGGAAACAACGGUUCCACCGUCACCGCUGGUAUUCUUGCCAACCGCCGCGGCCUAUCGUGGGAUACCCGCGAGGGUCAGCAGUCCGCCAAUUACUAUGGCUCCAUUGUCAUGAGCUCGACCGUCAAGCUGGGUUCAGAUGCCAAGACUGGCGAGGAGAUCAACAUCCCCUUCCGCGAUUUGCUUCCCAUGGUCCACCCUGACGAUCUGGCCAUUGGUGGUUGGGACAUCAGCAGCCUGAACCUCGCUGCGUCCAUGGACCGUGCCCAGGUGCUCGAGCCUAGUCUCAAGUCCAUGGUCCGCAAGGAGAUGGCUGAGAUGACCCCCCUGCCCAGUAUUUACUACCCAGAUUUCAUUGCCGCCAACCAGGAGGACCGUGCCGACAACGUCCUUGAGGGUACCAAGGCCUGUUGGGCACAUGUCGAGAAGAUCCAGCAGGAUAUUCGUGACUUCAAGGCUCAGAAUGGUCUGGACAAGGUCGUUAUUAUGUGGACCGCCAACACCGAGCGCUACGCCGAUAUCAUCCCUGGUGUCAAUGACACUGCAGAGAACCUGAUCAACUCGAUCAAGACCGGUCAUGCUGAGGUUGCUCCGUCCACCGUCUUUGCUGUGGCCGCUAUUCUGGAGGGUAACGUUCCGUUCAUCAACGGUUCGCCCCAGAACACCUUUGUCCCCGGUGCCCUUCAGCUUGCUGAGCAACACGGUGCCUUCAUUGGCGGUGACGACUUCAAGUCCGGCCAGACCAAGAUGAAGUCCGCUUUGGUCGACUUCUUGAUCAACGCCGGUAUCAAGCUCACCUCCAUUGCCAGCUACAACCACCUGGGCAACAACGAUGGCAAGAACCUGAGCUCGCAGAAGCAGUUCCGCUCCAAGGAGAUCUCCAAGUCCAACGUCGUCGACGAUAUGGUUGCCGCUAAUCACAUCCUGUACGAGAAGGACGAGCAUCCCGACCACACUGUCGUCAUCAAGUAUAUGCCUGCUGUCGGUGACAACAAGCGUGCUCUUGAUGAGUACUACGCCGAGAUCUUCAUGGGUGGCCACCAGACCAUCAGCUUGUUCAACAUUUGUGAGGACUCGCUCCUGGCCUCGCCCCUAAUCCUCGACCUAGUCAUCCUGGCAGAGAUGAUGACUCGUGUCAGCUGGAAGACCGGUGCCGAAGGCGCCGAGUACAAGGGUUUCCACAGCGUGCUCAGCAUUCUCAGCUACAUGCUGAAGGCUCCUCUGACCCCGGCGGGUACCCCCGUCGUCAACGCCCUUGGCAAGCAACGCUCGGCUUUGAUUAACAUCUUCCGUGCAUGCGUUGGUCUCCAGCCUGAGUCUGAGAUGACCCUUGAGCACAAGCUUUUCUAA